GCACGUGUUGUGUGGUAUGUUUUGAAAGACGGAGAAGAAGAAGGUUGGAGUGGAAGAAGUGGUUUCUUUGACUGACCGUGUCUUCCACAAAACACGAGACAAAGAAAACGUUGUGAUCUCAUUCGCUUCUUCUCACUGUGUCUUGAUGUCCAAACCCUAACGGAGGCUAAUGGCUCUCAGAUCUGCGUCUUUUCUUCUCAUUCCCAUUUUCCUUAUCGGAAUUGUCUCCGCUCACACUUCAACCCCCAAGAAUGUUCAAGCUGCUGUUCGCGCUAAGUGGUUUGGCACUCCUCUUCUUCUCGAAGCUGGCGAGUUGUUGUCCAAAGAGGAGCCGGGGCUUUUCUGGAACUUCAUCCACGCAUGGCUCCACGCCGAUCACGGCGACGCCCAUUCUCAUUCCGCCAAAAGUUGUGUCAACAAAAUUCUACAACAUUCGCGCCCUCUUUUGAGAGAGCCAUUGGCGUCCUUGUUUGAGUUCUCUCUUAUUCUGAGAUCAGCCUCCCCUUCUCUCGUGCUUUACCGCCAGUUAGCUCAGGAUUCUCUUUCGUCUCACAGCCACGCUGAAAUCACUGAAGUAGACGCCUUGAAUCUUGGGGCAAGUCUCCAAAGUCCCGGAGGGAAGUGUUGUUGGGUCGACACUGGUGACACUCUGUUUUUUGAUGUUUCUGAAUUGCUCACGUGGCUUCAAACCCCUCGGAAACAGGUGGGUGGUUCGAUUCAGGAACCGCAAGUGUUUGAUUUUGAUCAUGUUCAUUUUGAUUCGAGUGUUGGGAGUCCGGUUGCUAUACUUUAUGGCGCACUCGGGACUGUUUGCUUUAAGGAGUUUCAUACUGCUCUGGUUGGAGCUGCUAAAGAGGGAAAAGUUAAUUAUAUAUUGAGACCAGUGUUGCCGGGUGGAUGUGAAACAAAUUUUGGCCACUGUGGAUCUAUUGGUGCAAGCGAGUCAGUAAACUUGGGUGGUUAUGGAGUGGAACUUGUUUUUAAGAAUAUGGAAUAUAAGGCCAUGGACGACAGUACAAUUAAAAAAGGGGUGACUUUGGAGGAUCCUCGCACCGAUGAUCUCAGCCAAGAAGUCAGAGGAUUUAUAUUCUCUAAAAUUCUGGAGCGUAAGCCUGAGUUAACGAAUGAGAUCAUGACUUUUAGGGAUUAUCUAUUGUCAUCAACUGUAUCAGAUACACUUGAUGUUUGGGAACUGAAAGAUCUGGGGCAUCAAACUGUACAGAGAAUAGUCCGUGCCUCUGAUCCUCUACAGUCAAUGCAGGAUAUCAAUCAAAAUUUCCCUAACAUAGUUUCUUCGUUGUCUCGCAUGAAACUUGAUGAUUCUGUUCAAGAUGAAAUAACGGCAAAUCAGCGGAUGAUCCCACCUGGCAAGUCUUUAAUGGCUAUCAAUGGUGCUUUAGUCAAUGUUGAAGAUGUUGACCUUUAUCUGUUGAUUGACUUGGUUCAUCAGGAUCUGUUGUUGGCUGAUCAGUUCUCAAAAUUGAAGAUACCUUCCAGCGUAGUGCGGAAACUGCUGUCAACUUUACCUCCUUCAGAGUCGAGUAUGUUUCGUGUUGAUUUUCGUACUACUCAAGUACAUUAUCUCAACAACUUGGAAGAAGAUGCCAAGUACAAAAGGUGGAGGAGCAAUCUAAAUGAGAUUUUGAUGCCGGUCUUCCCUGGGCAGUUGCGUCACAUCCGUAAAAAUCUUUUCCAUGCUGUUUUUGUUCUUGACCCAGGAACCACUUGUGGUCUUGAGUCAAUUGAUAUGAUCAUAUCAUUGUAUGAAAGUGAUUUUCCUGUGAGAUUUGGGAUUGUGCUGUAUUCUUCAAAAUACAUCUUGCAGUUAGAGAACUAUUCUGCCAAAGAGGAUCGAGAUAAAUUUGAGGACAUAUCUGAUAUGAUUAUACGUCUCUUCAGCUAUAUCAAGGGGAAUCACAACACUCAAUUAGCUUUUGAGUUUUUAAGCAAUGUUAACAAAUUACGCACUGAAUCAGAUGAUGGUCAUCUUGAGCAGCACCAUGUUGAAGGGGCAUUUGUUGAAACAAUAUUGCCAAAGGUAAAAUCCCCUCCACAAGAGAUAUUAGUAAAGCUGGAGAACGAGCCAGAGUUGAAGAAAUUGUCACAAGAAAGCUCUAUGCUUGCAUUUAAGCUUGGUUUGUCUAAAACUGAUUGUUCUCUGUUGAUGAAUGGACUUGUUAUUGAUCCAACUGAGGAUGCCUUACUAAAUGCCUUGAAUGAUGAGACUCAGAGAAUACAGGAGCAGGUAUACUUUGGACAAAUAAAAGCUCACACUGAUGUGUUAGCCAAGUUUCUGUCAGAAGCUGGUAUUCAACGUUAUAAUCCUCGGAUUAUUUCUGAUACUAAACCAAGGUUCAUAUCUCUGUCUGCAUUUCUUUUGGGAGAGGAAUCUAUACUGAAUGACAUUGAGUACUUGCACUCUCCUGGAACAAUGGAUGAUUUGAAGCCCGUGACACAUCUUCUUGCUGUUGAUAUCACUUCAGGGAUUGGGUUGCAUUUACUUCAUCAAGGCUUAAGUUAUCUGAGAGAAGGGUCCAAAGAUGCUCGUAUAGGUCUUCUAUUUAGUGGAAAUUGGAGUACAAGUUCAUUAAGCCUCCUUUUUGUGAAGGUUUUUGAAAUCACUUCAUCUUCAUAUAGUCAUAAGAACAAUGUGUUAGACUUCUUGGAUCAGUUGUGCUUACUCUAUAAGCAAAAGUACUUCCUUGAACCAGCUGUGGAAGUUGAAGGCCCUCAAAAAUUUAUUGAUAAGGUCUGUGAGCUUGCUGAGGCCAAUGGGUUACCAUCUGAGAGUUAUAGAUCUGCCCUUCUAAAAUUUUCUGCUGAUGAAGUAAGAAGGCAUUUAAACAAGGUGGGAAUUUUCUUGCAUAGACUACUUGGGUCUGAAUCUGAUGUUAAUGCAGUCUUUACUAAUGGAAGGGUAACUUACCCUAUUGAUGAAAGCACAUUUUUGAGUGCUGAUCUGCUUCUUCUUGAAUCAAUAGAGUUUAAGCAGAGAACAAAGCACAUUUUGGAAAUCAUUGAAGAAGUAAAGUGGCAGCAUGUUGACCCUGACAUGUUGACAAGCAAAUUCAUUAGUGAUAUUCUCAUGGCUGUAUCCUCUUCAAUGGCUACAAGGGAGCGAAGUUCUGAAAGUGCCCGUUUUGAGAUUUUGAAUGACAAACAUAGUGCUAUCAUUCUACAUAAUGAAAAUUCUAGCAUUCACAUUGAUGCUUGUCUCGAUCCUUUAAGUCCAACCAGUCAGAAGUUGUCUGGAAUUCUAAGAGUUUUGUGGAAAUACAUUCAACCCAGCAUGAGGAUUGUUUUGAAUCCAUUGAGUUCGCUUGCUGAUCUUCCUCUGAAGAACUACUACAGAUACGUAGUACCAUCAAUGGAUGAUUUUAGCAGUGCUGACUCUUCAAUCAAUGGCCCAAAAGCAUUUUUUGCUAACAUGCCAUUAUCUAAGACACUCACCAUGAAUCUUGAUGUUCCAGAACCUUGGCUUGUUGAGCCUGUUAUUGCUGUUCAUGACCUGGAUAACAUUCUGCUUGAGAACCUUGUUGACACAAGAACAUUGCAAGCAGUUUUUGAGCUUGAAGCUCUUGUCCUCACAGGUCAUUGCUCUGAGAAAGAUCAUGAUCCUCCUCGAGGUCUUCAGCUUAUUCUUGGAACCAAAACUACACCCCAUAUAUUUGAUACCAUUGUGAUGGCUAAUCUUGGAUAUUGGCAAAUAAAAGUCUCUCCUGGGGUUUGGUUCUUGCAGCUUGCUCCUGGUAGAAGUUCUGAGCUGUAUGUUUUGAAGGGAGGUGCUGAUGGAAUUGAGAACAAACAGUCAUCGAAACUCAUUACUAUUAAUGAUUUACGGGGUAAAGUAGUUCAUAUGGAUGUCGUGAAAAGAAAGGGCAGGGAACAUGAGAAGUUACUUGUUUCUGAUGAUGAGGAGGAGGAUCUGCAAGAAACGAAGAAAGGAAGUGGCUGGAAUUCUAAUUUAUUGAAAUGGGCCUCUGGUUUCAUUAGUAGUAAUGAACAACCCAAAAUUACUGAAACCAAUGAUGCUACAGACAAAGUAAAGGGUGGACGUCGUGGAAAAACUAUUAACAUCUUCUCAAUUGCUUCUGGACACCUAUAUGAACGCUUUCUAAAGAUUAUGAUUCUAAGUGUUCUGAAGAAUACACAUCGCCCAGUAAAAUUCUGGUUCAUAAAGAACUACCUCUCUCCUCCUUUUAAGGAUCUGAUUCCUCGCAUGGCUCAAGAGUAUGGUUUUGAAUGUGAACUAAUCACUUACAAAUGGCCUACAUGGUUGCAUAAGCAGAAGGAAAAACAGCGAAUAAUUUGGGCAUAUAAAAUUUUGUUCUUGGAUGUCAUUUUCCCCCUUUCCUUAGAGAAGGUCAUUUUUGUGGAUGCUGAUCAGGUUGUUAGGACUGACAUGGGAGAACUUUAUGACAUGGAUAUAAAAGGAAAACCCCUGGCAUAUACUCCAUUUUGUGAUAACAAUAAGGAAAUGGAUGGCUAUCGGUUUUGGAGACAAGGUUUCUGGAAGGAUCAUUUGAGGGGGAAACCAUACCAUAUUAGUGCUUUAUAUGUUGUUGAUUUGAAGAAGUUCCGAGAGACUGCAGCUGGGGAUAAUCUUAGAGUUUUCUAUGAAACCCUUAGCAAGGAUCCAAAUAGUCUUGCCAACUUGGAUCAGGAUCUUCCUAAUUAUGCUCAGCAUGUUGUGCCCAUUUUCUCUCUGCCACAAGAAUGGCUUUGGUGUGAGUCAUGGUGUGGAAAUGCUACAAAAUCAAGGGCGAAAACAAUUGAUCUGUGCAACAAUCCCAUGACAAAAGAACCCAAACUUCAGGGUGCCAGACGAAUAGUAUCCGAGUGGCCGGACCUUGACUCGGAGGCGAGUAAAUUCACUGCAAAAAUCUUAGGUGACGAUCUGGAACCGUUUCCAUCCCCUGAUCAAUCAAAGGAUUUGAUUAUUGAAGAUGCAUUGAAGGAGGAUUUGGAAUCCAAGGCCGAGUUGUGAACAUGACAGACAGACAUUUUGUGCAAGUCAAAGUUCCAAAAAGAAUGUGAUCGUUGAUGCAAUUUGGCUCCCAAAUGACAUAUCUUUCGUGCCCGACUGGUAUAUUUCCAUUCCACCAAACACAAUUAACAACAGUGGAAUGCAAUGAAGAUUUGCCUUCUCUGUUGACCAGUUUUAGGAUCAUAAAGAAAAUUUUGAUUCGAGAAAUGUUAGUGAAUUUUAAUUCCGACGUAAAUGCAUUAUUUAAGGCGGACAUGAUUGGCAACAAAUGCCACCGUCUAUACCUCGGUAA